AUGUCGGAAAAAAUGGAACCGUGCCAUUCAAAUUUGUAUUUAGGUCAAACGCAAGAAUUGCGAAAAGGAUGGUCGUUCAUGUUGGAGGUGGUAUCAGAUUGCAUACCUGCAAUUGCAGAAGAAGCUAGAUGCAUGGAUCUAUCGAUCCGCAGCUAUCGCCAGGUACCAACUUUCUCUCCUCCGGUUUUAUUAUUACAUGUUGAUGAUUUUAAAUGUUUUGAGUCUUCUUACCUGUUAAUCUUUUUUAGAAAACUCAUUAUUCCCCUUGGAGGUCGGCGCGAAGGUUACAAUCUUGACACUGUUCGUGGUUAUGUGUUACUGGAACUGUAUAACACAAUUUCAUAUCUGAUAAGCUUACAAAAAUUGAUUUGGGUAAACGUCCACAGAUUGAUGUUUGUUGCGAGGGAUUCCCAACAUUUAUUGGGAGAGGUGAGAUUUUGCACAUGA